GGAAUGUACCAUUAGGCCAACACACCGGGAAGGAUUUUGUUGUGACAGCGGAGUAACAACCCGGCGGGGGACACGGUAAGGCGAAAUCCUCAGGCGUUUCUGAGCAUAAUUCAGAACUUACAAACAUAUGCAAAAUAAACAGAUAUAAAAAACUAUUGCAGGGGGUUGUUAAUUUUCACGUCGCGGGGUUUUUCGGGUUUAUGUACGGGUAAAUGACAAUUAAACAUCCCGGACGUGCAGGUAGUUCCAACCAUCAGAUACCGUCCGCUAGCGAAUCCGAGCUAUCCCUGUGAUUAAUUUAGCUAACCCAGCUAACCUUACCAGCUAGCUGUAGAUAGAUGAAGGGCAGUAAGCUAUUUCAGGCUGAGCAUUUUACCUCUCUUUUUAGCUUAUCUCCAUUUUGAAAAAGGUUCAGCAUUACAGCUAGCUACCGUAUAAACGUAAGCGCUAGCUCGGUCUGCUGCAGUUGCAUGAUAAAGUCGUGACUCUCCGUGUCAGGAUGGAUGAUAUUUGAGUCUCCUGGCCUUAGAGUGACGCUUACACUUGCUCCAGUUGCUUAUAAUUCCCAGCCUGUUGUGAUAUGUGAUUUUAAUGAAUGUAUUUUUGUCAUUUAUUGGCCGUAGGUGUGCCCAGUAUUUGUCUGGAUAUGUUCGGCUUCUUAUUUCGCAAUGAUAGCUCCCCUCCACGCAAUCUGUAAUGUUAUUACUCAAUAAUAUGACCAAUUUCCUCUUGAUUUAAGCUUGCAAUAAUGUAAUAAUACGCUUUAAAUGACCUUAUGUGUUUUUUAUAAUGUGUGAACGUGGUUUAACCUGCAGUGAAAUUGGUCUGAAUUGCAUUUGGUUCAGUCUUAACUCCACAAUUUGGAGCCAAAUAUCAUGAAAACCAAAUACUAAAGGCUUCACUGCGAGAACAGAGUAUCAUAAUCCCUUAAUGUUGUGUCUGAUUGGGGAACAGCUCUUAUUAACUCUUGUCUUCUUCACUCUCUUUGCAUCACAGGUCAUUGAGUAGGUUAUUCAUCUCGUCUCAACAAUGGCCUUCAGCAAGGGAUACCGCAUCUACCACAAGCUGGACCCACCCCCUUACAGUGUCAUAGUGGAAACUAGGACUAGAGAAGAAUGCCUCAUGUUUGAGUCAGGAGCUGUCGCAGUUCUCUGUAAGGCAUCUUCUUUGUUUGUUUGCAGGGUUUUAACUUUGUACAAGGCGUGCUUCUGAAUUUCUAAUGCUGGGAUUGUAUCUUUAUGUUCAUCAUUGAUUCAAGAGUGAAACUAAUUAUCAAUUUCCUGACAUUGUGUUGCUAUGUUUUUGCUCGUAGCUGCAGCAGAGAAAGAGGCCAUAAAAAACACAUACACCAAAAUUGUGGAUGCAUAUGGAAUCCUAGGUGUCCUCCGCCUAAACUUGGGUAAGCUACACAAACAUCUCCGUUCAUUCCUAAAUGUUUCAGAAGUUUCUUGGUCCAGACCAGAAUCUGACCCCUGGGUUCUGGUGUGACGAGUUUGUGUCAUCCUGCUGCUGCUUCCUUAUAAGCUGCUUUCUGGUGUCCUCCACGCGACCUUGAAGGCUCUUGUUAUCACAACAAAGAUUAAAGCUUGGUGCAAUAGAUGACUGAGAUUUGUCCGUCUGGGGAAUCUCUUGAAGAAAGUGCUGUUUUCAUUUAACACUUUGUUUACAUUUUCUUAAUGCAAAGCACCAAUUGAUAUGGCACCAGUGUGCAGAAAGGAGUGAGGCGUACAAGUUAUUGGUUUGUUCCUAGUGAGAAAACUCAAGAAAAAUAAACUCAGAAAAAGUAGGAGAGCUUAAAAACAGAGAUUGACAAGAGAAAUCUGUUAAAGAUGGGGCAUGAGCUAAACACUUUGGGGAAUAUGGGAUAGUAGACUCAAGUAUCCAUCCUGCUCACCCUGUCAGGAUUCCAAUCUGCAAUAAUAACUUGAUGUUUAAUAUUACUUCUUAAAUGCACAUGUUUUCUUUCCAAACCAGCUUAUCUCCCUUUGCUUUUUCUCCAUCAUCUACCCCACCCCUACAGGUGACUCCAUGCUCCACAGUCUGGUGGUCGUGUCAGGAUGCAGCUCUGUGGGGAAGGUGCAGGAUUCAGAGGUUUUCAGAGUCACACAGACAGACUUUAUAUCAUUGAAGAAUGAUCCAGGAGACGAGGACCGGAUUGCCGAGGUGCGAAAGGUCCUAAACUCUGGACACUUCUACUUUGCCUGGUCCUCCACUGGCGUCAGCAUGGACUUGAGUCUCAAUGCACAUCGCAGGAUUCUAGAGGACACAACAGAUAACCGCUUCUUCUGGUGAGGGCGUGAAAUAGUUACUAAUUUAUGGUUGUAAGAAGAGUAGUAGGCAGAAAUUAACUUGGAGUUGGAUCCUUUUUUUGUGAUGAAGCAGUCUCUUCAAAUUGUGUGAUCAUGGGGGCUGAUUUGCAACCAAGGUGUGAAAAUUCUCUGUUCACGCUGAAUUUCUUUGUGUCUUACUCACAAUUGUGUCCCUGUUAAUUCACCAUCAGGAACCAGUCUCUACAUCUGCACCUCAAACACUAUGGAGUAAACUGUGACGAUUGGCUGUUGAGGCUGAUGUGUGGCGGUGUGGAGAUCAGGACCAUCUAUGCCGGGCACAAACAGGCCAAAGCCUGCAUCUUCUCCCGCCUCAGCUCAGAACGAGCCGGCACGCGAUUCAACGUCAGGGGGACAAAUGACGACGGCCAGGUAGCCAACUUUGUGGAGACUGAACAGGUGAGGAAAAUGUCUGAUAGUUUUUCUGCAUGUUGUCACGAACCAGUGGAGCAAAGCUGUAUAAACAGAGAGGGAGCAGCAGCAGACAUAUAUCAACACACUCUUAUUGUUUUGCUAUAGUGGUUCUCCAAGGAAACAUAGAUGAAGAUAAAACAGAAAACACAAAUUCAAAAACAGUUACAGGGUAUUUUUGAGUCGACUGUUGAGAGGAGUCAGAGCAAGUUUUAGGGCGUGUGAAUCCUAGUAAAUUGCUUGGUGGAUUAGUUUGUAUAGACAAAACAGUUUUAUGUACUUUUAGUUUUGAAGGUUUUCCAGAAAGUAAUGGAGUUGUGAUUUCGUGUGGUUACUUGUCCUUGGUAGAUGGUUUAUUUCUCCACCAGGUUUCGUUGGCCUUUGUCACAUAAUUCCUUUUUAUCUUGAGUACAUUUAUCUAUCAAGUCACAUGACCUUCGGUUAAUGCAUUCUGUUUAAACACAGGUUGUCCAUUGACAUUUCAAAAGCAGACUUGGUGUUGCACUGAAGUGAACCAUCAUGGCCCCCAGACUUUUCUGUUGACACUGUGGAGUACAAACUGUAAAUAGUUAUUAUUUCAGUUGCAGACAAGUUCAUGUUUCUUGAGGCAGCAGCACACUGUCAAAAGCGAAGCGUCUCUUUGAAUAGGCGAGAUUACUUUCCAGCUUCCUGUUGUGGAAACUGACUGGUUUGCAUUUUCCCUUUUCUUAGUUCCUGUUUCACGAAACAAGCGAGAAGCUGUAGGUUGGAGAAGGAAUCUGGAAACGCUACAAAUAACACUUGAAAAUGAUGUAAUUGGCCAAGAAACUAAACAUUAGAAGUGUUAGUGAUGUGAGGCUAACUACAGGGUGUUUAUGUUGGCUUGUGUUGUAAUGUCCAUUAUUUUUAUUUUGUCAGCUUUUUCAGUGUCUGUGAUUUAAUGUUUGUGAUUUAGGAACCCAAGUAGCACUGCACUGUUACAGUACUUCUCUGAAUGAGACAAACUGCUUGUUGUUGUGAUUUCUUUGUUGUGUUUCUUUUUGAAUCCACAAAAUCACCCACAAACACACAUACAAGUGUUUUCUGCAGCAAUCAGUGAAGAAACUCCCCAUUUCCCUUUGUGUAAUACAACCAUUGAGGAAUUAGCGUUUCGUCAGUUCCCUUUGGUUUGUGUGGUUUACAAAGGAGAUGUCAAGCUCCGUCUCUAUUGUUUAUUUGUGUGUGUAUAGCUAACAUCUGUGUGUUUUUUUAAUAUUCUCUGGGCUCUUUUCAAAUUUGUGUGUUUUUAGUAAUCUGUUUUGUUUUUUGACAUGUUGCAGUUGAACUAAACCAAAGUUUCCUCUUGUUUCGUACAGGUUAUAUUCCUCGAUGACAGAGUCUCAUCAUUCAUACAGAUCCGUGGGUCCAUCCCUCUUUUCUGGGAACAGCCAGGAAUCCAGGUAAUGGAAACCUCUGUGAACUCACUCCAAUCCUGAAUGUGUGAGGUUUUCAUAUAUUAGCCACAUUAUAUGAAAAUCAUAAACAAGCCCUUAUUUUUGUGUAGAAGCCCUUAGCAUUUUGUAACUGUUGCAGUUGUUUAUUUAAUAUUUUUGUUUCAAAAAUGAAGCCACGCUGAUGACCAUAAGCCACAUUUUAACAUGUUGUCCAUGCUGUGUUCAGAAAAAGUCCAUUAAGGGUGUUUUGUUGCAACUGAAUGAGAAUCGGCAUCCUAGUGGUCUGGAUGAGAACCCCCACCUGGUAUCAUUUUUUUUUAAUCGGCUCUUUCUGGUGCUGGCGCUUUCAUACUGCAGACAGGGUUUCUCUGUGCAAUGUCAGAGACCACGGGUGCAAAUGAGACAGUCCCAUUAUGGAUUUUUAUGACGGUCCUGAAUGUAGCACCUGUCCAGGGAACGCUACUUUGAAGAUUAAAAACCUGCAGCAGGAACCUACCUCUCGAUACAGAUCAUAAACAACAUCCUUGGGAUCCUGCUGUCCUUGUCCUGACAUUUCACAGACAUACAUCAGACGUGGGGGAGUUUCAUGAUAGAUACAGUGGUUGGUAAAGGGCGUUUCUCUGUUUUCCUCAGCUCCCAGACAUCUUUGGUCAGGUGAGAGCCUGCUCUAAAAACAUCCCCGAACCAUUCCUUUAGCUUACUCUGCUGUUAGCGCGCAGACACCUGGAUCAAGCUGUCAAAACCCUUAGAAGGCCAGCAAAAGCCAGACUAUUUAAGUCACCUGCUUAUUGCGUAAUAUCUUUGAUUUGGAGUGGGCUCGGGGUUGUUUUCAGACAGAACUGUAGGCCUCCUGCUUUACCAGCAUUGUGUUAGCUUUGUAGUCCCUUUUUACCAAAUGUGGCUUUGUAGGCUCAUUCUUUCCUCCUCACUCUCUCCAAUUCAAUCCCUGAGCAGGAUGGAUAGUUUCAGCUUCACCAGAGGAAGAGUUAUCGAUAUCUCCACAGCUUAUUUACACUAGAAGAAGUAGCUUUGACACAGUCGCUAAAUCCCUCUUGUAAUGUAGUUUGAGGAAACCCUGCUGGAGUAGUGAGGCGGCUGCUUUUUCUCGUUUGAUGGAAGAAUCUUUACGCCUGUUAGUUUUAAAUGAGAAAAUACAAAGUUGCUUAUUUCUGUAACAAGACACUAGAUUUCAAGAAAUACCUCUAAAUAUCUGUCUUUAAACAUCAUAUCAAUCAAAAACAGGUUCAGCUGAUUGUUGUAUUGAUGGAGAAAAUCCAAUUAUUAAUCGUAAUAAUGGUCAAAAGUUGUUGUUCGUUAUCGGCAGAGUUGCACUAACUUGUAGAGGACUUUUUGGUCUGGGAUGCACGGCUGUAACCCGAGUCCUCUUAGAUACCAUCUCAGGAAGUUAUUAAAUAUGCAUGCCAUAGACCUGCACAACAGGGGAAGUAAAAGGGGGGACAGAGUGACAAAAUGGCAGCAGCGCGGAGUAAAAUGUCUCGUUGCUAUUGCCACUGACUCAGGAGAUCCCAAUACUGUCUCCAAAGUGGUUAAAAAUGACUGAUCGCUCCAGAUCCACGCCAUCUGUGACAGUCCAUUUAAAGAGGAAGAAGAGGAGGCAGAGGCUGACUGAAUGAACGGUGCAGGAGGAAUGAUUUGAUUAGCUUCUUUUCAGUUCAGCUGAUGAUGAGCUAUUUAAGACAGAGAUGUAAAAAAAGCAGACAAAGACGAAUCAAAGUAGGGAAUGUUUUUGCAAAGGCACAGAGGGGGAACAAGUAAGGACCUGCAGUGAUGAGUGAGAAGGGUUCUUUGCAACAGUGACUCUGCAACGUGCUAAGCCUGUCAAGGUGUGGUCGUGCUUGGUCAUACCUUCCUUCACUUCCCUGUAAGGCUCUAGGGUCAGCUUAUAAGCAAAAUUGGAGAGAACAAAAGAGAAUUAGUGAUUCUUCUUAAAGGUGUUGGAGACUUGAUAGUUGAUAAGAUCUCUCUACUGCUCAGUGACUUCAUCUGUGUACAAAAUCCCCUAAUGCUGUCCCUGUGUCGCUGUUGCCCCAUGCCUUUUUUUGCCUCUUUAAAGAUCUUGUUUCCACUUGUUCCAGUAUUUUCCAAAACUUCUGUCCAAACUUCAUUUUCCCCACCAGGUUGCCUGGUAAUCUUCAACAUGUGUGUCUGCACCUCUUCCCUUUUUACAGAGGUUUACUUUGGAGUAAAGAAGGACACUGUUACUAGUGUCUCUUUUCGUCUUUUCUCGCCGUAUCUUCUCUGCAGGUUGGUUCCCAUCGUGUCAAACUCUCAAGAGGAUUUGAAGCAAAUGCACCAGCAUUCGAAAGGUAAUUAAAACGCUCUGUUCAGUGUAUGUACACAAAGGGGUUUGUUUGCAUAUGUACCAGUUCCCAGCUGCUUUAUCCAGCCUCGACAGAUUACAACUCCUCAGAGGGGCAAGGGAACAUAAGAAAAUAAUGUCUCCUGCAGAGCAAGGAUAGAGAAAAGCUUUCCAGACUCUCAAAGUAGCAAUAUUAAUUGAAGUGUGUCCUGAGAGACUGGUUUAUUGAAGGGAACAGGAAGGACACAUUAACUGCUCUUGAUUAACUGUUGACCUUAAUAACCUGAAUUUUACAUCCACGGCACACAGCACCUUCUUGGUUGUGAAGGCUUGUGCACUCUCAGAGUUAAAAUUAUUUUACAGUGUUAAUUAGCUGUAGAUGUUAAAGACUAAGACCUUAACUAAAAAUCUUAACUUAUGUCGAUGCAGAUACUUUAUUUUUAGAUAUAUUGAAUUUCUCUUUGGCGAUCAAUAAAGUUAUUCUUAUUCUAUUGUUUUAGAUUUAUUGUCUCUAUUUAGUAGCGCCUGUCCAAAUUCCUCCAUGACAAUUUAAAAAACAGCUAAUCUGCAGCGUCUCAGAUCAACCAUCCUCUUUGAACAGGCAGUAACUUGCAGAUAUGAUGCUGGUAGUGACAAAUACAAACCUCAUAUAGAAGAAAUGUCUACUGUCUACUGAGCCAUAUGAACGUGUUAGAUCAAGAGUUCCUCACAGGAGCUUUAAUCAAAAAAAAAAAAAGAAGAAGAAGAAUAAAAAUGGAAGAAAAUGCUCUCUCCCAUUUGAUUGUGAAGCAAUGGUUCAUUGUCGGUACUUUUGGAAGACUUGAUCAUAUUUUCACACUAAGAGUUGGCAACACAACUCAUCUUCCCGAGUAUCUGUCCAGACCAGAUCUCACAGCUCACCCUCUGUGGAAGGCAGUCUGUGUUUUUUAUGUUUUAUUUUUAUUGCUGUAGCAGGCUAAUAUAUCUCUGUUGAAAUUCCUUGGAUAGAAAUCUCUUUUUUAUAAACACGGUCUGCUGUUUCAUCAUUUUUUUUAACCUUUUGAAUAUCCCAGUUUGAUCCAGAGGCCUGAGGUUAUUUCGGUAUGAUCUCCUGGCACUCUCCCCUCCAGUUUUUAUAGCUUUACAAAUACCACUCCUUAUCUGAGAAACCACCCCCGUCCUGCAUGUUUCCCUGCUCCAACACACCUGAUUCAAAUGAUCAGCUCGUUAUCAAGCUCUGUAAUGUCUUAAUAACGAGCUGAUCAUUUGAAUCAGGUGUGUUGGAGCAGGGAAACAUCCAAAACAUGCAGGACAGUGGGGGCUCGAGGACUGGACUUGAGAACCACUGUAUUAGGUUGUUUUGAUGCUAACAAAGGUGCAGUGAAAUAAUAAAAAAAAGCCAAAUAAAAUAGAAAGCAAAAGUGAAUGAUUGCAAACUUAGAGGCUGUGAUUUAAGUGAUAAUAAUGAAACAUACCUGUCAGUUAGUUACAGGGUUUCUGUGUUGUGUCCGUGUAAAUUUGGGCCCAGCAGGUGUUGAGAUACGGUGUCACGUCUGACUAAUUAUAACACUUAAAUACGCGAGAAUAAACACUGUUAUUUAACCAGUUAUGUCACUUGUUAUUUGUAUUUGUGUUUCCCAGACACUUCACUGCACUGCGCAGGUUGUAUGGUAAACAGGUGAUCAUCAACCUGCUCGGGAGUAAAGAAGGAGAACACAUGCUCAGCAAAGCAUUCCAGGUAAGAGGCACUCCGCUCUGUCCCUUAACACCUGUCAUGUACUGAGAGAUAUUUAUGUGCUGCUCCUCGCAAAACAGGCUGCGUCAUAACGUGCUGGCAGACGUUGUAAAGUUUUUGUCCUGUUUUUUAAACCCACACACCCGCAGCGAGAAUCCCAUCCUACCUAUACUUAUUACUUUAUCGUUGGCAGCAAAUCUGUUAUCGACAGCACCUGCAAUCUCAGUCAUUUCUAUUGAGUGCGAGGAAAUUGGAUAAAACUGCGAGCUGCCAGCUGAGCUCUUCCUGCGCUCUCUGUCAUUUUCAGAGUCACUUGAAGGCCUCAGAGCAUUCGUCAACGGUGAAAAUGGUGAACUUCGACUACCACGCUAACGUGAGGGGAGGUAAGGCGGACAAACUGCACAGCGUCCUCAAACCUCAGCUCAGCAAGUUCGUCGAGGAGUGCGGCUUCUUCUACUACUCGGGAGAGACGGGCAUCUCAAGGUGAGAACUCAGCGUGUAGAGAAAGUCACGUCAGGUGUCGCUUUUAGUUUUUGCGUUUACACGUUUGGAUCUGUCAUCAUAGGACUCAGGGUGGGACCAUCAGGACCAACUGCCUGGAUUGUCUGGACAGGACCAACAGCGUGCAGGCCUUUUUUGCGCUCGAGGUAAGGGUCCGGCACAGUGCGUCACACGCUCAUAUUUGUUUAUAAAAUGGCGUUUGUACCUUUGCUGUCCUUUCUGUAUAAGGGAUUAUACUUUUUAAUCCGAACCCCUCCCUGUCCCUCACUACACCAGAUGCUGCCAAAACAGCUAGAGGAAAUGAGUCUGACAGAGAAACCGCAGCUGGUGGCCAGGUUCCAGGAGGUUUUCAGGACUAUGUGGUCUGCCAACGGGGACUCUGUCAGCAAGAUCUACGCUGGCACCGGCGCUCUGGACGGCAAAGCUAAGGUAGACAAUAGAUGCACAGUGCAAACACCUUCUUUUAGUUUAAUCACUGAGGCGAACCUUAACUUUACUUUAAAGCAGGCUGUACAGGUUUGUUUCAGAUCACAUCAACCAGCACCUGAUAUUACUGCUCUUGCGCUUAACAUCACAAUAGUAACUUAAAUCUUUGUCUUAUUCAUUUUAAGUUCACAUGUAUUAACAUUAGCAUCGUAACCCUGGGAUCUUAAUAUGUAUUCAAAGUCAAAGAAAAUAUGAGAACAAAGAGAAUUGGCUCAAAAUGCCGUAAAAGAUGAAUUGGCAUAAUGAGAUGAUAUCGGCACGUUAGGCGUUGUGUAUGCAGUGACGGAGUUGAUCCGUGUGUGUGUGCUUCUGUCUCUUAACUCUUGUGUGCUAUCUCUUUCCGCUGUCCUCUGGACCUCUCUACCUGCGUGGUAAGUGAACGCACCAGUCGAUGUUGUUUUUGAGUCGUGGGUCUUUCUGGUGCAUUUUUUGAUUCCAGUGUUUGUUGGUAAAAUGACGUGGAUUUGAUGAUGAUGUAUGAUGAUGAUGAUGAUGAUGAUGAUGAUGAGGGAUAGGGUAGGUGGGAUCUCUUUGGGUAAAAAAAGAAAAAACUGAUUUCAUUCCCUCGGUAUCUCAGAGACAGAUUCUGUCUUGAACUGGCAACUCUCCAAAGCUCCACAGGGAUUGAUUGUUUUGAUUUAUGAAAAUGAAGUUAAUGAGAAAUUAAAGAAGCAGGAAAAAUUACAACUCAUUUUCUUGUCACAGCACCAUUUCCAAUUGCUUGCUGAAAUUAUCCAGUACCAUCUGAUGUGUGAUUGGAUAAGCACAGAGAAAUCUGUCUGGAUCACAUUAAAUCAGAUUACGUUGCACAUCCCCUUUAUGAAAUUUUACUCCUUGUGAAGCAGUUUCAACCCUCCUUGUUCUGUUGAGAAGUCCGUUUUACUCCAAUCUUCCUUAUGUUUUCCUCUUUCUCCUAUCUUGCAUAGCUGGAGUGGGAAGUACAGAAAAUUAUGCUCAUAAUGAAAGAUGUCUCUAUUCAAUAAUGUCUAAUUACCUGCACGAAUGUGUGUGUGUUUGUGUGUAGGCGGGUAAGCUGAAAGAUGGAGCGCGGUCUGUGACUAGGACCAUCCAGAACAACUUCUUCGACAGCUCAAAGCAGGAAGCCAUAGACAUCCUGAGGCUGGGAUCCACGCUCAACAGUGACCUGGCAGACAAAGCUCGGGCCUUGCUCACCACUUCUAGUCUUUACGGUAAUUCUUAACCACACAAAUAGUGUAGCGUGUGCUAUAACUGAGUCAUCAGAUUUCAUCUGUCUGCUGAUUACUCAUUAAUUAUGUCACAAAUGCAAGAUUUCCCUGAUGCAGUUUGAUAUUAGUGAUUUUGAGAAAACUAUUUCCUUGUUUCCUUGGAGUUGUUUGAAUGUUUUGUCAUGUCUAAACCUGCUCUGUUGUUGCUCUAUUAGCCAGAAGCUAAUCUUCACAAUAGCAGGGUUUGUCCUCUGCUCUGUGUCAAAGCGUAAUCUCCGUGUGUCAGCUCGCUGUCCCACUUAGAUUAAUGCUGACCUACUGCUCUGCUGGCAUUAUCUGUCCAAGCACCGGUUAACUCCUCCCUUCUCUCCCUUCUCUCUCUGCUGCUCUUGAACACAAUCUUAGUCACUGAGCCGGUCUUACAAUCAGGUAUAGUAACUGAGCGACUGUUUCCAGUGGAUGGAUCUUUUCAUCACACAGUUGUCCUAUUCAUUGUGUUUUUGCUGCAUCCUCCAUUCACCCAUAAUCCAAUGCUGGUAGUGGUUUUAUCCUCUGCCUGUUGCAUAACACCAAGUUGUUGCAAUAGUGAUUGAAGCAAAAAAGGCAAAAUUUUGCAGUGAAAUUUGACAUCAUUCUGAGAGGAAAUUUACAGACAGAAAUGGACCAUUACCAAGGUUGAUUAUUUAGCUGUUAUCUGUAUUCUAGCUGCAGUCCUUCCUCGUUUCCUCCUCCCAUACCUCUCAUGUGUACGAACAUUGUUCCUCUGUUGUAUUCGAAUAAUUUCCCAAUUUCUUUUUAUUAUCCUUUUCCUUUUUUUGUUUCCUUGUUUGUCACCCUUCCUGCAGAAACACUCAACAAGUUUACACUCUAAUCCUGCUCUCCUACCCUUUACAGCCUCUCCAAGAGUAUUACUGGGAAUGUGUCAGAACUACCAAAAAUACACGAGGCCCAAGCAGAUCAGAGUGUGUGUUGGCACCUGGAAUGUCAACGGGGGUAAACAGUUUCGCAGCAUCGCUUUCCGCAACCAGACGCUCAAUGACUGGUUGUUGGACGCUCCGAAAAAAGCCGGACAUCCUGAGUUUCAAGGUGGGUUCAUGUAAAACUAGAUGGGAGAUUUGAGGAUCAGAAUUAGAGCCGACAGUCACUCAGAAUUAAAAUUCUAACUUGGAUUAAAAUUUCUCAGCAAACUUUUUAUUGACGUUUUUAACCACUCAAUCACAAAAGUACUUUUCAGUGAAACAUUGUCCAAUUUUCUCCCCUCAGACACCAAAGCCAACCCCAUAGAUAUCUUUGCCAUUGGUUUUGAAGAAAUGGUUGAACUGAACGCUGGAAACAUUGUCAGUGCCAGGUAUGUGGGCUGGAUUUACAUAUAAUGUUAGCUUAUACAAGGUACAGAGAUGGUUAAGAUUCUUUUUAGAUUCUACAUUUUUUCUAGAGAGAUGAAUAAGUAAUCUGAUCUGACCGGUGAUCAACAUAUCAGUUAUUUUUAUCUGUCUUGAUAACCAACAAAGAGAACUAAGUAACAGUUGAAAAUUUGAUGUGACAAAUGUAAAUUUUCCCUCUGACCUACUUUAUGUCUUGAGUUGAGUCUUUCUUCUGCUUUGCCUUCACUGUGAUUUAUCUCUCCGUUUUUUCGUCUCAGCACUACAAACCAGAAACUUUGGGCAGCUGAGCUGCAAAAAAACAUAUCACGGGAUCACAAGUAUGUGCUGCUUGCUUCGGAGCAGUUGGUGGGUGUGUGUCUGUUUGUUUUUAUCCGCCCACAGCAUGCACCCUUUAUCAGGUAUGCACUGUCUGCACUGUUGUAAGUUAUGGGUAAAAAUACGGCAGGUUUUUGAGGCAUGUAAAAAAUGUAAUUCUGCAAUUUGACAUUUUCCAGGGAUGUAGCUGUAGAUACUGUAAAGACUGGAAUGGGCGGUGCUACAGGCAACAAAGGAGGUGUCGCCAUCCGCAUGCUGUUCCACACCACCAGCAUUUGCUUCCUCUGCUCCCACUUUGCUGCUGGACAGUCACAGGUCAAGGAGAGAAACGACGACUACAACGAGAUCACACGCAGACUUACCUUCCCCAUGGUAACAACCAUAACAUCAACGCUAACAUUUGAAAGAGGAUUUUGUAUAAAAUAAAGCGUAAUCAUGUCUGUUUAUUCCUCUCAGGGUCGUCUGCUGUAUUCACACGAUUACGUUUUCUGGUGUGGAGACUUCAACUAUCGAAUCAGUCUGCCCAAUGAGGAAGUGAAGGACCUAAUCAAACAGCAGAGCUGGGAUGCUUUGAUGGCAGGAGACCAGCUGCUGGACCAGAAGAAUGCUGGUUUGGUAUGACCCACAACGCACAUACAUGCUUACAACACUUAAAACUUCUGCUCUCUCUUCAGAAAACAUUUUGCAGCAAAAAUAAUCUUGUUUUUCUUAUUUACAGACUGCACUAACGCCAAAUUAUAUUCCAGGUUUUCCGAGGUUUCAUUGAGGGGAAGCUGGAUUUUGCCCCCACCUACAAGUACGACCUCUUCUCUGAGGAUUAUGACACCAGUGAGAAAUGUCGCACACCGGCCUGGACUGACCGCAUCCUCUGGAAGAGAAGGAAGUGGAACUUUGAUCGAAUAGGUAGGAUGAGGAGCCACUAAUUAGAUAAAUCAAACCCCCAAAAAAGAAAGACUUGCAGAAAUCUAGUUUGGGCUUAUCCUGCCUACUUCACAAUGUUCUACUCUUAAAACCAAAUAAGUCUAAACUCCCGUGAAACAAGGGCAUAUUUUGUCAUGUGAUCCUUGUUACAUUAGUGUAUUUUUAAUGUUUUGCAGCUGAGGAGAUGAAUGUAGUGGGUGCAGCUUCCACAUCAGGGGAGAAAGAAGAUGACCCAGAGUACCCUUGGAGCCCCGGGACUCUGAAAUACUAUGGCAGGGCUGAGCUGAAGACCUCAGACCACCGGUGAGUAACUCUUUAUACUGAGAAUGUAGGAUUAGUAUGAAUAAACAUAGUGUGUAUUAACAUGGUCUCCUGUUUUUCUGAAGGCCUGUGGUGUCAAUAAUAGACGUGGACAUCCUGGAAGUGGACCCAGAGGCUCGACACCAGGUCUACAAAGAGGUCAUCGCCCUGCAAGGACCUCCAGACGGCACCAUCCUGGUGUCACUCUGCUCCUCUGGCCCGGAUGACUACUUCGAUGAUCCCCUCAUAGACGAACUGCUGGACAAGUUUGCUAACUUUGGAGAGGUCAUCCUUAUCCGGUGAGUCUGACUUUUCCACACGUUUAGACAAACAUGACUCACCUCCAGACUGGAUGAGGAUAUUAGCUUUGUCCUUGUUUGUGCAGGUUUGUGGAGGAGAAGAUGUGGGUGACUUUCUUGGAAGGUUACUCUGCUCUUGCUGCUCUGUCUCUCAGCGCUUCCUCUGUGAGUCAUAUUUGAGGAUAUAAAUCACAUCAAAGCUGCAGUAAUACUACAGCUAGUCUAACAUUUUUUACCUUAUAACUAAUGUCUGCCUCAUUCUUGAUUCGUUGUAGGUGCUCGGUAAGGUGAUUGACAUCCGCCUAAAGAGUCCAGGCUGGAUCAAGAGUAUGGAGGAAGAAAUGAGUGUGGAGAGAAUCUGUGGAACUAUCCCCACCUCAGCCAGCUCCACCCUGCUCGCUGAGGACACCGACAUGGGCGAUGAUGAUUAUGACAUGGAAGGUCAGUAAUAUCCCUAUCUCUCCUCUAAUUUGUCUAAAAUUGUGCAGUUUUCAAUGGCUUGUAUUCCUGCUUCAUUCUCUCCUGUAUCAGGCGAUGUGGACGAGGAGGUGGAGGAGAUUCUUCCCCAGCAUUUGCAGCCUGGAGCAGGCUCUGGCCCUGGAUCGUCCCCUCUCCCCUCCCCCCGCAGCAGUCCUUGUCCCUCCCCUACACACGGUGAACCUGCAAUUCCAAGCAGACCAAGUCGGUCCGGACAACCCCCGCGACCAUCACUAGGUAAUUAUGGCAUGUGUAGCCUGACUCACACCUUGAAUCAAGUCAUGAAUUGUGCGCUUUUCCCAAGGUGUCUGGCUCAGUAUGGUACGAUGCAGAAUAAUUUAUGUUUUUAUUGUCAAAAGUUGGGGAAGGCAUCCAAACUUUUAGCCGAGGCUUGCAGAAAAUGAUGGUUGAAAUGCGCUGCAAAAGGCAGUGGUCAAGAUUGGGGUCGACUCUGUGCCAAACCACACCUUACUGUACUAAACCAAACCAGAAACUUUGUUGGAAAUGCACCAUCAAGUACCGUCCAACCACCAUCUCAGACUUCACUCCGCCUGCCUACAUGUAAACUGUAAUUUUGUUUUGUUUGUGACGAAUGCAAUCAGAUUUAAGUCCAGGUCUACAGAGGAGAGAAAUUCCAGGUAAAAUGUCGUGUGUUUGAUGAUUUAGCUGAUGUUUGGUAUAAAAGCUGGUGACAUGAGUGUUAGAAAACGACUUUUUCCUUCCCUGCUCUGUAGUGCUGUAUCAGAAUGUGUGCAGUGUUGAUCCUUUAUUUGGUCAAGCCUAAAUCACAGCUGUGCUCUGAAGACGAAUUAAAAGAUGGCUCAAAGUGAGGCAAUGUCUGUGGGACGUUAAGGGAAAAAAAGGCACAAGGCUUGAUAUAUGUUUGACCAAUGUGUUCAUACGUACAUAUAUUGUCAAGAUAGAUUGAUUUUUAUUACAUUUAAUCAUUUUGACCCAUAGAUGAUUAUAUUACGGUUAGAACCUAUAAGGUAUUUUUUAAGACUGCUGUGAGAAGAAACCACAUUUUACAAUUUGCAAAAAAUGAUCACAACUACAAAGUUGUUUCUCAGUAUGACGACUUCUUCUCGUCUGUGAUUGUUUUUAUUUUUUCCUUCUAGGGCCUCCUCUUGACUUCCAGCCUGGUGCCCCCACAUCCCAAAGCAUGGAGCCCAAACGUCCACCUCCCCCUCGUCCCAAUGCUCCUCCAGCCAGACCAGCACCCCCUCAACGCCCACCACCACCAUCAGGUACUGUAUCAUCUAACCAUCUGGUAAACGCCUCAUAAAGAAAAAAACAACUUAACUCUCUUUAGUAUGAAUAACAGAAAUGAAGCCUAUGUUUGAUGUAUAAUUUCUGUAGUGUAGUAGGUGAUGCCUUUGGCAGAUGUUUAACAUUCUCACCUUUGUCCCACUGCUCCGCCUCAUUUCUGAAGGAGGCAUGAGCCCCCUCACAGUUAGGAGGGACUCUGCAGGUAAAGUGUUUGCUGUAGAAACGUGUGUUUUGUGCUUGCUGAAGCAUUUCAAGUAUUUGCUUCAUUUUUUACAGCUGCACAAAAAAAAAGAAUGACAUUGUAUUUGUGCUGAUCCCGGCAGCUGCCCGAUUAGUUCCUAUGCUUGAUUCAGUUUAGGUAACAACAAUAGCAAUAAUGUCACACUAUGGCACACUCGAAACUCACAGCUUGUGCAACAUCGUAAUUUUGAGCUUGCAGCUUUUGUGUUUUGAGAGAGACUUCAGAUUUAAUUAAAUACCGGUGGUUCCUGAAUCAUGCUUGACUUUUAAGUAAACAGUGCUUAGAUUAAGUUUGUGCUCAUGAAAAGUUCAAAAUGGAGCCUGUGCUUCUGUUUUAUUAUAACAUCCCUCCUACAAUGUGGGAUCUCAGUUGAUGUAAAUAAAGAAAAGAAUGUGGCCAAUCUAAAAAUAAUAAGUACAAGAUUACUUUUGUGUAAGAGUGUUAUGAGUCAAACAACACUGUUGCCCCAUUUGGAUUUGUCUUCUAUUCAGAUGGUUUUUAGGUCAUUAUGAAAGUAACUUCUGAAAUCAUUAUUUUUAUCCUUUAUUUCAACCCAUCGAAACUAAACUCUCUUUUUCAGGAGUGCCCUCUAACAGUUUAGUUAAAAACCAAAAAAGACACAUAUAAAUACAGUGAAAAUAAAUGUGACACAUCCAUUAUCACAUGCAGACUAUCUUUAAAGGGAUAUUCCGGCAUAAAAUUAAGUUAGGGUCAAACACACUAACACCGAAUUAGACUCACCCUUGAGAGAUGGUUGUUGCCGACCGCUUGCUUCUCUAGUUAGACUAACUUUAGUAAUGACCGCACGAUAGCAAUACACAGCGGUCUAUGGCUCCACGUGCAAACCUCAACCAAAACGCCACUCUAUAGCCACAAGUAAUGCUUAGAACAGUACCUAACUUCAUCAACGGUACAUACAGAGUCCUAGCCAUAAAACUAGCCAUCAACUAUCUUAAAUGUUCUUUCUUGAGCUGCGUCACCCUGCUGCACUCUGUGAUGGACUGGUCCAAGCUCUCCCUAUAAACAAGCAGCUGCUGGAGGAGAGUAGGUGAGUUGUGUUUAGUCUCUCUGCUGAAGAAAUCAGGCAAAGCUAAAAAGAUGUUUGGUGGUCUAGUGCUGUGGCUGGGACCCUAUAGGUACUGUUGAUGAAGUUAGGUGCUGUUCUGAGCAUUAUUUGUGGCUAUAGAGUGUCGUUUUGGUUGAGGUUUGUUUAUGGCUCCUGAGACCGCUCUGUAUUGCUAUCCUGCAGUCGUUACUAAAGUUGGUAUAACUAGAGAAGCAAGCGGUCAGCAACAUUCAUCUCUUGGUGUGUUUGACCCUAACUUAAUUUUACGCCGGAUUAUCCCUUUAAGCAGCUGAGACACCUGCUCAUUAAAAUCUCAUUAACGUUUUCCCUGCUUUGCUGUCUUUUGCACAAACGGUUUCCCCUCUUUGAAUUUAAGACUCUGGCAAAAGUCCGAGCCCAUUCCUGGGUAGGAGAGGCAGUGAAGGUAACUGUCAGUUUGUCUUUCAGUGACGAUCCCUGUAGUCUAGUACUCAGUCAUCAAUAUGAUUGAUGCGUCUUCAACAAUGAUGUGUCACCGCUGACCAGGUCUGCAUCAUUGUGGGCCUCCUUAGUCUUGUUCAUGUGGCUAGGAGACGUGUGUUUUGCAGCCUGUUAUAAAAUUAAGUAUCACACUUAUUAGUGCAAAAUAAACAUGAAAUGCAAAAUUAAUUGGAGGCUUUAGGGCUUGAGGGACCACUUGCAUUCAUGCAAUUAUUUUGUCACUGCAGGCAAAUACAGUUAGUGUUGUUGUUCAGUACUUAAAAACAUUGUUCAUUAGACUGUUAGUGUAUUACAGCCAUCCCAAUUAGUGGUAAGUGUUUGGGUUUAAUUUUUAAGUGAAUAAAAAGCAAGGUUGGAACUCAAUGAGGGGAUAUAUUUAUAGUAAACAUGAAUUUUGGGGAUUUUACAGUUAGAACUUUUGCAAGAUGAAGAUAGAGCCUUUGAUAAAUUCAAGCAGUUCACACAUAAGACCAUCUCACUAAAACAGUAGGACAGGAAGAAACAGUUUAGCAGUACUGGUGAGGUGAUAGUUGUCUCUUCAUAACUUUGUCAACUGGUGAAUAACAAAGUUCAAGAACAAACUCUUCUUGGCUUCAAUGGUCAUAAGGUCAGCUUUGCUGUUUCCAUCUACUAUGACUAGGCAUGUAACGGUACACUCAACUCACAAUUUUACCCACAAUAAAACUUUUUCCUCUGUUCUUUUAAGACCCACUCCAAUGAAAAUCUUGUUUUUCUUGUUGUCUAUAUGUUCAUGUGGCAUAUUUCCAAUGCUACAGGACAUAUCAUGAGAAAAAUAAGUGCGAAAUUACAUGUCUGAGUAUUUCUGCAUUCAAAUCGCUGUAUUUCUGACAGACCCAUACGGCAGGCUCAGACACAGUGAGAUUUCCUACAUCACAAAUCCAAGCUCCGCCCCUGAAGCCCCGCUAUGCAGGCCAGACUCUGAGAAAUAGAGAGGAUGAUUACGGAACAAGCGUGUGCGGUAGCAGAUUGGAAUGCUUGUGAGAAAGCUAAUUAGGAUAUUAGCUUUCAUCAUUCCCCUAAAGACAUUAGUGCCUGAGAGCUAAAACAGCUCGUAUGUUACCUGCUUCUUCUACUAUACCGGCAAUGUUAGGUUGCAAGCUAACUCAAGGAGAAGUGUGCAGAGCAGUGCUGUCUCCGCCCAGGACUUAGAGGUGAAUUGCUAAUGAGCUCCUAGAGAAGAAAAGCCCUUGAAAACGAUACAGGUAACGUGAUUUUGUCUAAAAACUUAACAAUCACAAUUUUAAGACCACUGAUGACACUUAAAGUAGUAAAAAAAAACGAUCGCAGUGGGACUUUAAGGAUCAAAGUCACCCAGUUGAUGUACAAGCCUCAGAGAAGCAAUCACCUCAUAAAGAUGUAAUUUAUUAGGCCUUUAUUUAGCCUUUUCCUGGCUUAUACCAAUGUAACAUUUUCUGCUUUAAUGACUAUCUUUAUAUUGAAAGGACACAAAUGGUUCUGCUAGACCGUCAAAGUACAGGAGUAAAUGAUAAAAGCCAAAGAACAAGAAAGUACUAGAUGUUUUAGCACCCUCUGCUAAGGCAAAAGCUUUGUUCUCAUUUGUGUCUGUCUCUCUCUGUUAUCUGUGCCAGGAGUACAGAGAGCGGUAAAGAGCAAUACAGACUCAUUUAGAUGGCGGUCUUUUAUGAUUAAAAGGUUUGCAAAUGCAUUUUGGUGGACUGCCAAGCACAGAUGGUGCAUCCUUGACUGCAAAAUCUUCAACCUGCGUUAAAACAUGCAGUCAAAUUGAAUUUCCCUUCAGGGAUAAAAUAAAGUUAUUCUUAUUCUUAUCAUGUCUGUCUGCAUUUAGCUUUAAACAAGGAGUGAAAGGCACACAGCUGCCUUCAAUCUAAGGGUAUUGGUAUGAAUUUUUCAUCCCACCCGGUAAAAUCUCCCCUUACAUCUACAGUUUUCGACUGUCUCUCAAAGUACCGUUACAUCCCUAACUCUGAUAAAUGUUAGAAUCCUGUUCAUGCAGGUAGAUAUUCACUCACAGCAUCAGGCUUUAAGGCACUGCUGCAUUUCUGCCACCAUACGCUCCUCCUGUUGCUUCCUUUUAAGAGUAAAGUUACAAGAGCAGUUGCUUCAUUAAACCAGUAUUGAAUUUUGUGUAUAACGGUAAUGUGGUUUGGUUUCCUUUGUGCUGCAAAGGACCAAAAAGCCCCGCUCUUCCUCGGCCUGACUCUGCUGCAGGUGAGUGAGUCGAAUAACAGCAAAUCAUAGCAAGAAAUAUUGCCUUAUUAAGCAAUAAUAUACGGGCGAUGAAAGUGGAUUAUUUGGUAGUGUCCCCCAUAGAGGCCUUGUUUAGCUUGCACCUGCUGGAAGUGAUCUGGGUCUUCCUGCUGUAGUCGUGCUCACACUCCAAAACAAAUGCUGCCUGCACAAGGGUGUCAGAUAGGGUUGCAUAGCCUAUCAACUCAGCCUUUCCACACCUUGUCUAUUUGUUUGGUGUGUGUCUGUGUGUGUGUGUGGUUAGCUGAACCACUCUGUCACAGCGCAGUCAGUAAGUGUGCGUUUGUGUGUGUUCUUAGCAGGAUUGACUUACGUUCGGUGACCGUACAGUAAACAGAAGUAGACAUCUAAGUGGCGUGGGAACAUGUUUGCAGGCUCUAAAGGGUUUCAGACGGAAAAGAGUGAAAGACAAGGUGUGUGCUGUACAAGCUGUGUGGGUGAGCAGCUGGAUCGCAGAACAGGGUCUGUCUCUUCUCUAGACCUCCUGCAGCUCAGGAAUGACUGAACCAGUUCAGCCACAGGGAGUUAGUCCAGUCAUGGGUUGAGGUUUGUUUGCAGAAGUAGCGCGGUCUGCACAUUACAUUAAUUAGGUAAUCCCCCUCAGCACAGAAAAACAUGAUACUUUUUGUCGCUUAUGUUUGUGGUUUGUCUGUUUUAACUCUUUCAGGUCGGGGUCAGGCAGCAGUGGGAGCCCCUGGACCAGCUGGUGCCCCCAGACCGGUAAAUUUACAACUUUAUUGUUUGUGUAUCAGGGCUUGACACUAAAUUUUUUUCAUAAGGAGCAAAAUAAGGAGCACACAAAGAUUUUUAGGGGCACAAUAAAAAUUGAUCAAAUAAUGUGUGUCUUAUUGGUCGACAUAAGUAGUAUUAUUUGAAAUCAAUUUUUGGUCUUUUGGUCACAUGACAUGGAAGAUAUUGAAGAAAAUUUGCCUUUAAAUUUAACACAAAAAAUUUUAGAGGACAAAUCAGGGAAAUACGGAGGUGUGUCUUAUUGUUCGACCUUAGUACUAUUAUUUGAAGUAGAUUUUAGGUUAAUUGGUCACAUAACAUGGAAGCUAUCAAAGGAAAACAGACUUUUUUGAGAACAUCAACCGGUAAUUUAUUGACGGUCCCUUAUUCAACACCCAGCAUUGACAGCAAGGGUGCAGAGUAGAUUUAACCACGCUGCUGUCGCUAUUCGCAGUUAUGGAGAGUGAGAAGUGUUUCGGAUGUUUCCCUGCUCCAACACACCUGAUUCAAAUGAUCAGCUUGUUAUGAAGCCAUUUCAGAGCUUGAUAACGAGCUGGUCAUUUGAAUCAGGUGUGUCGAGGACUGGACUUUAGAACCACUGCCCUAAAUACAUUUUACAAUUCGCACACUUCUAUUUUUAGUCACAAAUGCGUGUGAAGUGGUUGCACUGUCAAGCCCUGUGUAUAUUUUUUUAAUCAAUAAGAUUUAAUUUGUUAAUUUCUACCUUGUCUUUAUUUCCCUUUUGUGUUGUAGAAUAUCCCUCCUCGAGCCGGGGUAAUCAGUAUGCCCCCUCAGUCUCGCCCCCCACCUCCCUCUCACCCUGGAGCACCCAGACCUAUCCCAGAGGUGCAUCCUGGGGCCCCUCGGCCCAUCCCAGACACCCACCCAGGAGCCCCUCGGCCAGUGCCCAGCGCACAAGCCAAACCUACUGACCUUCCUCUAGGUAAGGGGAUAAAUCCAAGAUGACUGACCCAGGAUGUAAUAGAGUGUCGCAGUGAUUUUAAGGCUCCACUUUUGCACUUUUUCUCCUCCUCCUGCAGGACCUCCUCCCUUAGAGCCCCCUGCAGCAAGAUCCCAGGGUCCCCCACCGAUGCAGCCCCAACCAGCUGCACCUUCAGCCCAGUCCCAGCUCCCCGCACCCUUACAGCCCACACUUCCACCCCCACUCCAGCCACAGCAAGGCACAGCUGCUGCUGCAGCCCCUGCUGGGCCUCCACAGGGUCUUUCCUCUCCCAAACCUCCACCACGUUCCCGCUCCUCUCAUGCUCUGCCACCUGAUGCUGCCAAGUCUGAGACAACCCCAGCUGCACAGGUUGGUGCCAACUUCCCGUUUAUUAAAUAUCUGCAAAAGAACAAAGAGCACAAACAGAAACACCUAUUGAAUACGCCGAGACUUUUGUGUUUGCAUGUGAUUAAAUCUUGUUUUACAGAUUAUUGCUUUUUCUCUGAAAUAUGAUUAAUUUUUGUGGAAUGUAAAAAGCGAGGUCUGCGACUCCUUCUGCUUCUUUGUCUUACUUCUGAUGAGCUCAGCUGUCUUUGUCAUUCUUCCUGCUUUUUGUCUCUCUGACACAUUUGUCUUUCUCUCACAAGCCGGAGAAGCCCUCAGGGUGAAAGGUACUUUAUAUUAAACCACUCUUUGUCUCAUCCUCCAUAGCACAACAGUCCUCUGCUAAGAUGUUACUACCUCUCAUACUUCACACCCAGCAAAUCCCCUCUCCUUUCAUUUCAUAGUUUAUUUUCCUUUUCCCCCUCUUUUCCUCUUUUGUGUCAGGCCGCGUAUUUGUUUGAUUUUGGGCUCCAAAAAAUUUGUUUUCCUUCUUGUUGGUCAACAUAAGAAACUCUAAAUGACAUCAAGUGGAAACCAUGUGAAUGUGAUGCUCUUUGGCCAUUUCCCCCUCACUUGUCCUUUCAUAUCUGCUCACUGUGAGUCAGGUGUUAAGAGUGAACACAUAUGCAAUGACAUCAUUUAUUUGAGUUGACAUUUUGUCUUAUUUGCUUUAUGUUUUUCAUGUUUAUUAUAAUUACUAGUGACAGUAAUAUAUUCAUAUUUAAUCAGGGAAGUAAAUGAAGCACAAGACAUUGUUUAUAUUUGAAUGUGGAUGGAUAAGAGGUACCCUGUGGAGCUUCUGACAGUGUUAAAGGAAAUUACUGUCCCUACCCAAAUAAAAUACUUUUUGUCCUUAGAGAUGUAUCUGUAGAGAGACAAAUCCUCUGAUGUUUAAGAUUUAGGUUAGGGGUGUCCCGAUAUAACCUUUUUGCUUCUGAUACGAUACCGAUAUUGUAGCUUUCAGUAUAAGCCGAUACAGAUUGAUCCGAUAUUGGCACAAGCUUGUGCAUGACAUGUUUUGACUGCUGCAAUAUCUUUUUCGGAUUUUAACGAAAAGUACUGCCACACAGCCAACAUCACUCCUACUCCUUGCUACUUUGUAUGUGCCUUUGUACACAAUAGUGUUACGAUCACGUGGGCUCUGCAUGCUUGAUUCAGGUGCUGCUAGCUAGCUAGAGGUGCCGUAGUGGAGUCUGGAAUGGACUACUUGUAUCGGAGUGCUGAUAUAGAAGAUUUUAGAUGCAGGCCAAUAUAAUCCGAUAUUAGUUUUUUUUGGCUAAUAUCAAUAACGUAUCAGGACUGCUCUAACUUAGGUAUUAAAUUCUAGUAUAUUUUCACAUUCACAACACUCAACCUGUAAAGCAAGUAAGUGCCCCAGUGACCGAGGCCAGCUGUCACUCACAGCUACAAUGCCAGAGAGCAAAGUAGAAGUAAAGCAACGAUUGAGGCAUAGAAAUCUGGACUUAAAGAGUGUAAUAUCAUAAGAUGUAUCACAGAAAGUUCAUAAACCACAACCAAUACAAAGAAACUGCUGGAAAACUAGUGGAACAUCUUUUAUUUCUGUGAAAUGUUGAAUGCAUUUAUCAAAUGAAAGUGAAGCUUUAUUUUUCUGCCUUAUUACCUCAUAUUAGUAAGAGGACAAGACUCUGCAGGAAAGCUUACUCUUGUUCAGGAUAGAGUUCAUCUGUUUUAGUAUAAGGAAGCUCCAAAGGGUAUCUUAAACUUGAUAACAUUGAUCAUUAGUCAGUAAAACACUCUUUAGAUGAUAGUGCAUGGCUCACAGUGGCACUCAUUGUUUUCUGUGACGUCUAAAUGGCGUUUUGUUUGCUCUUUCUCCUCCUCAGAUGAAUGGACUGAAUGGAAUUCAAAGAGAAGCACAAUGGAAGGCCGACCCCUUUGACACAUUCGCACCUGACUUCCUGUCCUCCUCCUCCUCCUGGCACAACACCCAGUCCCUGACCAGAGGCUCCUCCUUGCGACCUCCCCCGUCUAUUCCUGUGUCUAAAUCGUCUUCCAACACUCUUCCUUCAUCCUUCUCCCUCCAGUCGUCCGCUCUUUCAGACCUGCAGGCCCUCGACUCUUCCUCCUCUUCCUCAGUCUCCACCCCGUCGCCGUUCGCCUCCUCGCUUCUGCCGCCGCCGCCAAUUCCAUCUCGUAGCCGUUCGCAGGAGACCCUACGCGCCUCCCCUUGCUCCCUCCCAACUGACCUGCUUCCUGCAAGACCCAGCAGCACCAACCCCUUCACGGGCCCUUUGGUGCAACAGCAGCAGCAGCAGCAGCGGUCGCUAACCCCGGACUUUAGCAUGCAACGUCCAUCCCCAACGCUAAACCUCCAGAGGACUAUGUCUGCUUUUACACAGCCACUUAUCCCAACACAAGCCCCCGCCCCUGGACCCACCUCCCAGCUGCAGAGGACCGCAUCCCUGUUCGGACCUUCAUCUGAUUUGAAUCCUACAUCCGCCCCCAUGCUGCUCCCACUCCCCCUUAAUCCCUCUCCUGUUCCAUCCUUACCUCUGGCGCCACCUUCCUCCCUUCCACCAGCCCUCGCUCCCCGUAGCCAGCCGCCUCCCCCAACAGGGAAACCAACCAAACAGUGGGUCACUUUUGAUGACGAUUUCGAUUUUCCACCAAAAACCACGACGCCACAGGUCCCAAUCGUCCCCUCCAGGUCUCAGACUCUGCCUCAGCCUCCCCGCUCUGUGUUCGAUUCAGAGCCUGACUGGUUAUCCUCAACUCCUUCAGCUCUCCCGACUCUUCCUCCACCUAUCCCGACCAGAACUGCAACCAUAAACCCACUGCUCCCGGAGGGGCCCACUGACAACUGCUUCUUUCCCAGGGAGUCCACAGAAAGAUAGGAUCACUCUUAGUAUGUAAAAGGGCAUAUCCAGAUAUGUAUAGAUCUCAGAUAAAUGUGUAUAUGUUUGUGUGUAUGUACAAAAGAGACAGUAUUUAAGAAGUAUAGACCAAUUCCCUUCUGAAACACAGGUGAGGAUUUCUAUAUCGGAGUAGUCACAUGGGAAGUGUAUGAUCCUAUAUGCUCUCACAUUACCACACAGAUGUUUGCUUGUGCCCUGAUAUUAGCAUUUAUUUUUAAUAUGAAUCCGUCUGAUUUUUAUUUUUAUUUAAGGCAGCAAACGUGUGUCUAUGUGUCCACAGUAUACAGAAUAUAUAGAGUUCUUUGUAAAGUACAUGUAUAUGCACAAAUCACGUGAGCAACCAUUUUGUGCAAUAUCAAGACGUGUCCAUGUAGCUUUCAGUGUUACACACCGCGGUUCAUAUUCAACAUUUUGACUGAUCUAAAAUCAAAGCAGGAGGGUUAACUCAAACGGUAACACUCUACAUUCCUUUCAGUUUAAGCGCUGUCGAUUUUACACGGAAAGAUUUCUUUGCAUCGAUUUGCAAAGAUGAGUCUGUUAAGUCAUAUUCUGCACUUGCUUUUAUCAUGAAUGUACUCUGAACCAUGCCAGACACAGCCAGUCAAACCGCUCACUUCUGCAGGUCUGAUGCUCUGUAAUAUCAGCUCAUCUCCACGUCCUCUCUCUCUGUGCGCUCAUCAUGUUAUCUAUGGGAUUUUACGCUUCGCUGCAUCAAUGUUGUAGCUCUAUAUCAAAACCUAUACAUGUGAUUAUGUAUAAAUGUAGAUUUUCAGAAUGAAAACUACUCGCUUAAUGUGUACGUGUGUUUGUGAUGAUAUCAGUGGUUUGUACGAUGUAAGGUAUGCACUGAAAUGCUCUCUUGGUUGUGUUCCUAAUGACGGCAGAGCAACGAAAACGAGAGCCAUUGUCAGUGACUUUCCACUUCUUUUAUUGUUUUCAUCCUCCCUGAUUCAUCCAGAGCAUUUAACCACACUGAUGUUGUAAAUUCAAAGAAUGUGGCUCGUGUGCGUGCGUGUGUGCGUGUGUGUGUUCAAUUCUGUUACCUCCAAGUAAACCGGGGUCAGUAGACAUGGCAGCAAAGACGUGCCACACAUCGUAAUAAUAAAAGGGCACUUUUUAUUUUUUACUUCAGUUUAAAAGUCUUGCUUUUAAUUUCCAGGAAAGUUCACUCUCGAUAAUCUAUUGUUGAUACUGUGGUGAGAAGUAAUGUGUCGUGUUUGAGGUGCAUAUCGUCUGUCGUGGUGUUUGUGAUUGGAUGUGAGUGUGUGUACAGAGUUAAGAGUGAAAAACCAGAGUUUUUUUUUUUUUCUUUUCUUUUGACUCACACAAUGUUUUUGCAAACAGGCCCUAACUUUACAGUCACUGUAUUUUCACGCUCAUGACUGCAAGUGUGUAUUUCCACUCUCCAGCCUGUAAAAGGCUACGGAGCUGCAGCACUGUAUGGAAUAAUGCAACAAUACAAGAUAAAGGACUCCUUUAACACAUGAGUGAGAUUCUCUUCUGUAGCAGCACCAGUACGGUUCUUCACCACUGACUGAAUAUAUCGACUCAACUACACUUUGUACUCGAACCAAAAACCAGAUACACAUUUCCAGUCGAGUGUUUGUUGUUUCCUUACAAGGCCUAGUGCAGCCAACAUUCCAGACAGCCGUGUGAUUUUGAGUGUUGGGUGUCAAACUCCUCUCAGUCUUAACAGACUCACUUGUCUUAUCUAUCCUAUAUCUGUUAUAUCCAGUUUAGAGUAAAAGUGACUGAUCCUCCCUGAUUUCAUAACCAUUCUUGAAGUGUAUGGUGUCCUCGGGUGACGUCAGUAUUUCACUUUACGUCCUACUCUGCCGUUGAGUCUUACUGAUUAAUGCUGACACGCAGUAGUUUAAAAGUUAAACCUACCAAACAUUACAAAUGAAAGCAGAUGUGUUCAAAUCAAAGAUCAUUACUCCAAAAGCUUCAGAAAUUAUGUGACUGGCUGAAAUAUCUCAAAAGGAUUUAGAGAUGAAUAUCUGACCCAAGGAAAUAACUAAGAGAGGCUUUUGCGCUUUGUUUAAACACAGUGUAAUAUAAAACAAUAGUCUUCAUGCACUGCACUGAAAGCAGUAGCUAUCUGUGUAAGCAAGUGUAUCAGGUUGCCUCUGCUUACAUGUUGAUGUCAUCUGUUAAAUGCAUUUAUCUUGUUAUCCAAAUGUGUGCAGUAGAUACUGGUUCUGCAUUAACAGUAGUUGACUAGCCAGCGCUUUGUGUCAUGUUCAAAUUGAGAUUUUAUAGGAAAAAAAAAAAAGAAAUCGCUCCUUUUGUGAGGUCAGUGUCCCUUUUUAUGGCUAUAAUCCAUAGUAAAUAAGAGUCUGUGUUGUUGAACAUAUUGUAUGUAUUAAAGAGAAACGUGAAGCAGCGGCUCAUGUUAAUAUCCAACGUUCCAUAUUUUAAGUGCACAGAAGAUUGCACAUUUAUGUAUGAAGCAGUUUAUGUUGUAUGUAUGCAAAAAUAAAAUUAUGUUUACCUCAGUUUCCUUUGUCUUUUUUU